CCUUGCUGCUUCAUGCUCUCAGGAUGUCUGGCAGCUCUCUGAACCGCUUCCGGGUUCGUCCAGCAGAACCGCGGGACUGUACGGAAAUCCUGCGUCUCAUCAAAGAACUAGCUGCUUAUGAAAACAUGCCUAAUGCAGUAAAAGUAACAGAAACAGAUUUGCUUCGAGAUGGUUUCGGAUCACGUCCUUUCUUCCAGUGUUUAAUAGCAGAAGCAAAUAAGGAUGAUGCAAUGCAGGAUACCGACAUUGUAGGGUUUGCUAUGUAUUACUAUACUUAUGACCCUUGGAUUGGCAAGCUGUUGUACUUAGAAGACUUCUACGUUAUGGAUGAAUAUAGAGGUUGGGGCAUUGGAACAGAACUUUUAAAAAGAUUAAGCCAGAUAGCAAUCGAAACCAACUGCAGCUGCAUGCAUUUCCUUGUUGUUGUUUGGAACAAGCCAUCUAUAGAGUACUAUAUGAGGCGUGGUGCUUCAGACCUUUCCACUGAAGAAGGCUGGCAUCUCUUUAGAUUUGACAAAGAAAAUCUAGUCAGAAUGGCUUCUGGAGACUAAAAGAAGGAAGUCCGCCAUUUUUUUUUAUCAUUCUCAAAGCUUGGAGUGCUCAUCAGGCUUGCGAUGAAAAACCUCACUUACAAGGGGAGACUUCUGGU